AUGAAUCGAUUGUUGGGCAACAAACGGCGAGCAUCAUUUGAUGUUAAUCAACGGCCAUUGUCAUUUAAAGUUUAUUAUUUAGGAAAUGUAGCAACAUCAUUAACAAGAGGUGAUGGCUGUGCUGAUCGACCAGCUAAAAUUCUUUGGGAUAUGCAUAUAAAAAAUCAAGGACGUUUAGGAAGAAAACUUCGUUUAACGAUUACAAAUGGUGGUUUACAAGCAGACAGUUAUACGAAAACAGAAACAACAAAUGAUAUUACUAUUUAUUGUACAAAUCGUAUUGCAUAUUAUUUUAUUGCUGAUAAACUUAAUCCAAAAAUGUUUAUUUGGGUUUAUAGACAUGUUAAUGUUCGAUCAGGUUUAACAACAGAGCUUCGUUGUCACGCAUGUUUAUGUUCAAGUGAAAAUGAUGCUAAAUCUCUUAGUGAUUCACUUCAUCAUCAAUUACAAGAUUCUUUACGUGAAUAUGUACGUGAAAAACAUCGUCGUCAAAUAAGUCGAUUAUCUAUGAUAUCAUCAUUAAAUUUAACAAAUAUAGAUAAAACAAUGAAUGAACCACCUAAACGUUUAUUGACUCGAAGUCAAGCAUCAAAUUAUCGACCAUCAUUAGCUCGAUCAAUGUCAAAUAUUGGUCUUGGACGUAUGGAUGAUAUUGAAGAGAAUGAUGAUGAAUUAACUAGUGAAGCAACAACAAUGUCAACAUCAUCAACAUCUUCUAUUGAUUUAAUCACAUCAAAAUUUACUGAUUUACAUACAGAUAAAAAAAUGAAAUUGUAUGCACAUGCUCUGUCGGAUAUUCUAUGA